AUGAGAUAUCAACUUCAUCAAGGCGGCGGUUCACGGGGAGGAAACGCUGCUAUCAACACUCAUGAUGCUGAAUGGGUAAAAAAGCUUGCCUUCGACAGCACCUGGACUUGGAGCCCAGUUGUACCAGAGCCUGUCGAGGCUUGCAUCCACAGCUUAGUCAAACGUGUUGCCUGUGAGAAGCCAGACGCUCCCGCGAUAUGCUCAUGGGACGGUGAUCUGACCUAUCUCCAACUGGACCAACUAUCGAGCAGGCUUGCAUAUCAACUGGUAGAUGCUGGGGUAACUCCUGGGUCCAAGGUGCUUCUUUGCUUUGAGAAGACAUGUCUCGCGCCUGUAUCCAUGCUGGCCAUGAUGAAGGCAGGGGGUGUCUCCAUAGCUCUUGACAUAGAACAGGACCAUCAACAUUUACGUGCAAUAGCAGACCAAAUAUCAGCACCAAUAAUUAUCUCAUCAUCCGAAAACGAACGGCUGGCACGGAAGCUUGGAAAGAGCAAAGUCAUAAUUGUAGAUCAUGAGUUACUCUCGAGCCUUAGGAAUGCAUCGAAGCCGUCCCACGAUCUACCGGCUGUCAGCCCUUCAGACACUCUUUGUGAAGUUUACGGUGUGGAUAGCACAAUCGGGCUGCCGGAACAAGGCAUCAAAUUUACGCAUCGAAGCCUCAGCAGUGCAGCCACAUAUCAGCAAGCAGCUCUUGGAAUCACUCCUAGCUCCAGGAUAUGUGAUCUCGAGUCAUAUUCCUCCAACGCGGCCUGGCACAACUUGCUUGUCUUGACUUGCGGCGGCAGUCUAUGCAUACCUCCAACGCCAGGGUACCAAGGCAAUAGGAGUGACCUCAUCUCUGCGUUACAAUCCAACAACGCGCUUCUCAGCCAUAGGUCGGCCGCAGUACUGGACAACUCCGAGCUGUUUCGUUUGGUGCAACUCAAAUAUAUGGCAGCUUCAGUUGACCCAUUGGGUUUUAAACCGUUGGGACAUUACAUAACCACAUCAAAUGAACCAAGGAUUUUAGAAGAUACUUCACCUGCUUCUGACGACUCGUGUGUUAUGCCAAUGUCAGAAACAGAAAAGAACGGAACCGGAAGCUUGGUAGGAAAACUCGACACUGGAGAAACAGUAAUAGGUGAACUGCAAAUCAUCGAUGAGGGCUGGCAAGUGUCCAGCAGGGAUCUCAUUGAUGACCACACAAUGAAUGCGCGAGACGGGCCAUUUGUCCUUGACUUGAACAAACAGCCCACAGUCCGCUGUGAGGAAAUAGGGCUCAGUGACUCGUCCACAUCCCCUGUCAGCUCUAACGGAUCUGUAGCUACAUACGAAGAUGUCAUGAGCCGGACAGAACCAACAGAUCAUGAGCCCAGCGGACAUACUAUCCUGCCAUUUUCCUUAUUGGAUUCGUCAAUCAGCAAAGGAGAGAUAAGAGCAUACGCUGCCAGACUAUGUAGCGUCAAGGAGUCGCAAGUUCUCGAUAUUAUGCCUUGCACGCCGUUACAAGAGGGUUUGCUAGCCUUGACAACAAAGAGGUCAGGGGAUUAUGUUGCCAAAAACAUUUUCGAAAUUGCGAACGGCAUUGAUACGGAGAGGCUUCGCCGUGCUUGGGACCAAGUCGUCUCGAUGAACUCAAUAUUACGAACACGCAUUGCGAGUUUCCCUCACCAUGGAAUCAUGCAAGUGGUGCUUGAUGACGGCGUACCAUGGGCAUUUGGUGCUGCUCUUGAAGAUAGUGAGCACAUUGGUUCUAGCAAUGAGAAUAAUGAGAUGGGGUUGGGUACUCCGCUUGUCAAGUUCGCUAUAUUCGAGACUGGUGCCGGCAACCCUCGUUAUUUCCGGUGGGAAAUCCACCACGCCCUCUAUGACGGUUGGACCAUUCCACUUUUACUGUCUCAAGCCGAACAGGCGUAUUUCAACGAGCUCUGCCAGCCCUUACAGCCGAUGACAGCCUUUAUCAAAUACAUCCUCGAUCGCGAUAUUGGCGCCGAAAAGUCAUUCUGGCAAGACCAGUUCGCCAACAUCAAAGGUUCUCACUUCCCAUUGACAAAGGCUGGUUACCAUCCCAAACCAGACUCCCAAUUUGUGCAGACUGUUUCAGGUCUUAAUUGGGGUCAAGGCGACUUUACGCCGGCUACAGUCAUCCGGGCAGCCUGGUCAGUGACUGCAGCAAAUGGCGCCGGUUCCAACGAGUCGCUAUUUGGCGUAGUCGUCACAGGCCGCCAGGCUCCAGUCCCCAAUAUUGAGUUGAUGGCAGGCCCGACUAUCGCCACCCUGCCAAUCCGCGUCAACGUUGACUGGGAUGAAAAAUGUAGGAAGCUCCUGGAUACGAUCCAGAGGCAGAGUGUGGAGAUGAUCCCAUUUGAGCAGACCGGCCUACAAAGAAUAUCUCGGAUAAGCGAGCAAACUGCGGCGGGCUGCCAAUUCCAGACGCUACUAGUGAUCCAGCCUAGCAGUGAAGGGGAGCAAACACCUAGCAAGCCAUUCUUGACCGAGUCCGUCAGCUCCCAGGCCGGAAAUGAAUGGCAGGACUUUAACACAUACCCUGUCGUAGUUGAAUGUCAGCUAGAGCCAGACGGUGUCCAACUCCGUGUUGGUUUUGACUCGACUCUCAUUAGGAAGCAAAAGAUGGAACGGGUGAUCGACGGCUUCAUAUUUGCGGUUAAAGAGCUAUCCAAUAGCAGCCUGCAGCAAGAGAGGCUCGCCAUCCUGGCCCAGGAUUACUCUGGCCUGGAGGAUAUCUGGGCCUGGAACGAGAGGGUGCCCGAGGCCACCGAAUCCUGUAUCCACAACCUAAUCUCUCAGCGAGUCCAGGAAAAUCCAUACGCUCAAGCCAUCUGCGCCUGGGAUGGUGAGAUGACCUACCAGGAGCUAGACAGCCUAUCCACCGAGCUUGCCUAUAAAAUGGUCGACAAAGGCAUCGCAGGGACCGUCGUGCCUCUGCUCUUUGAGAAGUCCAAGUUCAUGCCGGUUGCCGUGCUCGCCGUGAUGAAGGCUGGCGGAGGCUGUCUGCCAGUGGAUAUAAAGCAGCCGUAUGAGCGUCUCUCAGCCAUAACAGCGCAGGCAAACUCCUCCAUCAUCGUCUCGUCUGUCGCGAACGAAGCCGUCGCCGUCAAGCUCGCGGCCGCCAAAAAGGCGGAGGACGUCGAGGUCGUGGUUGUCGGACCGGAUCAACUUUCUGCCGUUUCAGCCGCAACUCGGACUUUGCCCAACGUCAAACCAUCAGACAUUCUCUACGUCGUCUUCACUUCCGGCAGCACCGGCACGCCAAAGGGUGUCAUUAACACUCACCGAGGCCUAUGCAGUGCAAUCAGUUACCAACAGAAGGCACUGGGCUUUUCCAGCACUUCGAGGGUAUUUGAUUUUGCCUCGUACGCCUUUGACGCAGCGUGGUGCAAUCUACUACAUGCCCUCACUGUUGGUGGAACCCUUUGCAUUCCGUCCCAGGAUGAGCGUGAGAACGAUUUGGCCGGCUGUCUAGAGAAAUACAAUGUCACCACUGUUGAUUUCACGCCCUCGGUUGCCCGAUUCUUGGGGCCGGCUGUGCUUUCACGUCUAUCCACGCUUAUCUUAGGGGGUGAAGCUGUUCUUCCGGGCGAUGUUCAUCUGGCUGGUGAUAAUACGGAUAUCAUCAAUGUGUACGGCCCUGCUGAAUGUACUCCUACCGCCACCUUUGCAGAUAUUACCAAGGCAUCUAGCAUCAACAUUGGCCGCGGAGCCGGCGUGUGCACAUGGGUCGUUGAUCCCGAUGACCCAGAGUCGCUAGCACCAGUUGGGACCGUCGGCGAGUUGUGGCUUGAAGGGCCCUUGGUUGGUGAAGGCUAUCUCAAUGACCCGGAGAAAACAGCCGCGGCGUUCGUGCAGGACCCGGCGUGGCUCUUGCGAGGUCUUCCCGCGCGACCUGGACUGCCAGGCCGUCCAGGUCGCUCAGGGCAGCUAUACCGUACUGGCGAUCUAGUACAGUACAAGGAAGAUGGAUCUCUCAUCUUUGUCAGCCGUAAAGACACUCAAGUAAAGAUCAGGGGCCAGCGAGUUGAGCUUGGAGAUGUUGAACAACAUGUCCUUGACAAUCUCACCCUUAAUUUUCAAGUUCAUGAUGUCAAUGUGAGCAAUGCCCAGGUAACAGCAGAGACCAUCCACCCAGAGGGCUCCAAUAGUGCAGUUCUCGUGGUAUUCGUUACCCUUACUUGUGAGGGCGACGUUGAGGUCACGGAAGAUACACAUGCAUCCGCUGUCAAGAAAGCUACUGAUGGUCUGUCGGAUCGGCUGGCAGAGAAGGUGCCAAUUUAUAUGAUACCAACGUCAUAUAUUCCCAUGUGGAGCUUACCAAUGACACCCACAGGGAAAACGGAUAGAAAGAAACUCCGUGCCACCGGCGAGUACCUAUGGCUGAAGUACCGCAACACAGCUGACGAUGAAGAAUCAACGGAGACGCUGACUGAUGUGGAAAUCAUCCUCCAACAGGUUUGGAUGUCUGUUCUCAAUCUAUCUGCCUGCGAGACCUCCGUCAACAAGCCAUUCACGCGUCUAGGCGGUGAUUCCAUCACUGCCAUGCAAGUAGUAUCUCAGUGCCGGCUUCAUAAUAUAUCCAUCACUGUCAGCCAGAUCCUUCAGGCCUCAACUAUUCGAAGGCUGGCAGCCAAUUGCCAAGUCGGGUCAAGUGACAGCACAGCCACAGAAGAUUACGACGCCCUCGAUAUCGAACAAACCGAGCAACCUUUUGAACUUGGACCGAUUCAGCAGAUGUUCUUUGAGUCUUAUCCAGAUGGUCUCAACCAUUACAACCAGACCUUUGUAUUGGAAUUAGGCAAGCCAGUUUUACCAGAUACCUUUGAAGCUGCUGUACGUGCGCUUGUCAAACGUCAUGCAGCCCUACGGACACGUUUUAGGAGAGACUCUGAAAGUGGACGUUGGAUGCAAGCCAUAUUCAGCGAGGAUGAUGCACUGUCUCUCGUUUAUGCGGAGCACUCAGUUUCUAGCCACCAUGAUGUCGCAAAAGCUGGACAACAGCGGCAAUUGAGUUUAGACAUAAAAACGGGUCCACUCUUUGCUUGUGAUCUUUUUAAUGUCCCUGGUUACCCUCAGGUUGUUAUUCUCUCCGCUCAUCACCUAGUGGUUGAUCUAGUAUCCUGGCGUAUAAUAUGGGGUGACCUUGAGGAUUUCAUUGAGAAUGGAAUGCUUGUUUCUCAACCAACAGCGUCCUUCCAGGCUUGGUGUAAAAGACAAGCCAAAAUCGGUCAGAAUCUAUCCCCCUUAUCGGUACUCCCUUAUUCUAUGCCAGAGUCAGGAUGGGAUUUUUGGGGUCUACCGCUAUCAGAGAAUACGUUCAAUGAUCUCGUGGUUUUCACGGAGACCUUCGACGAGUCACUCACCAUUCAGCUAUUCGGGGACAGUAACUCAUGCCUUCGGACAGAACCGGUGGACAUCAUUCUAGGUGCAGUCGCACACUCCUUCCUUCAUACUUUUUCAGAGCGCGCAGUUCCUGUUAUUUGGACUGAAGGCCAUGGAAGGGACCAAUUGGAUGAUUUCCACUUAGACGUUUCAGGUACAGUGGGAUGGUUUACCACAAUACAACCACUACCCAUCGAUAUCACCCUAGCAAGUUCCGUUUUUGACGCAAUAAAGAUGGUUAAAGACAGGAGAAGUGGAGUUCCAGGUAAAGGCCUACCGUACUUUGCCUGUCGAUACUACAGUGAGUCAGGUAAAGAAGCAUUCAAAGAUCACCAGGCUGUCGAGGUUAUGUUCAACUUCACUGGGCGAUAUCAACAGCUCGAGGCUGAAGAAGGUCUGUUUAAGCGUCCUCAAAACAUGGGUGAAGCGGAUAGCCUGAUCCAGGAAGUCCCUGAAUUAGCACGCCGAUUUACCCUAAUUGAGGUCGAUUCCCAUGUGGAAGGGGACCGCCUUGUCGUCUCAUUUAGCGUUCAUAAGAAAAUGAAACAUCAAGACCGAAUUGGCUUCUGGGCUAGGAACUUUGGUGAUACAUUGACAUCCGUUACCGGGCAGUUGCUACAUUCGAAACGUGAAUUUACCUUGAACGACCUUCCCUGCCUUUCUCUUUCAUACUUCGGUCUUGACGUGCUACUUAAAGAACAGCUCCCUAGCAUGGAGAUUACUCCCGGGGAUAUUGCAGAUAUCUACCCUUGCUCACCAUUGCAAGAGGGUAUUCUACUGAGCGUUCAAAAGGAAGCAGCCUCAUAUGAUUCAUUCUCUAUCUGGCGGUGUAUAUCACAUGACGGCACUUCUGUCUCUCCUUCCAGGCUUGAAGCAGCUUGGAAGACAGUUGUCAGCCGACACACCAUCUUACAAUCAGUUUUCAGCCUACACCCCGAGGGCAGCGGGUACAUACAAAUCGUCCUUCCUAAAUCAACCGCCAGGGUGUCCCAUAUCAUAACUAGCGACAACAAUCCAGUUUCUGUCCUCAGUGCGUUAGAAAGACCCACAUACCACGCCAGUGAGCCUGAGCAUUCUUUCACUAUUUGCUCAUCUGAAAAUGGGGAGGUUGCUUGUAGGCUAGAUGCAAAUCAUACACUCAUUGAUGGAUGGAGUGUGAACGUUCUAGUUCAAGAUAUCAUUGCCUUAUAUAUGGGCUCAAACCUAGCACCCGCCCCUCCAUUCGGUAGCAUCAUUCGCUAUAUCAGCACCAUCCCCAAGGCUCAGAGAAUUACUUCCUGGUCCAAACUACUUAGUGGUGUUAAGCCCAGCGAGUUUCCCACCAUCCCAAAACAACAAGUUCAAAUGACUAAGGAAGCCGAUCAAGACAUCCCCAUUGCGGCAGAUUCUAUCCCUGGUGUUUUAGAUGUCUGCAAGAAACUGGUAAUCACCCGAUCAGUUUUCCUGCAGGUAGCAUGGGCCAUGCUUCUAUCAUAUUUCACCAGCAAGCCUGAUGUUUGUUUCGGGUACCUUUCUUCCUGUAGGGAUUCUCCUGUCGACGGCGUGGAUACAAUAGUUGGCCCACUGGCCAAUUUGCUAAUUAGUCGUAUUGACCUCCGGCCAUCAACAAAAGAAGUGCUUAAAAAGGUAUCAGAAACCUCAAUUCGUCACCUAGAAAUUCAACACACGUCGUUGGCAGAUAUACAGCAUCACGUUGGUCUCUCCGGGAAGCGACUAUUCAAUACGGCAUUGUCAAUUCGUGGCGGUGACAAGCUAAAGGGCGGAGAUGACGCUACUCUUUCGUUUGAGUCAUGCACUGGUGAGGAUCCAAACGAGUAUGAUUUAAAUCUAAGUGUGAAUGUUGACGGAGACAGCAUGGAUGCUGUAGUGUCCUUCCGACCGUCAUACAUCAGUCGUCAAGUGGCUCAAGAAGCUGCCAACGUCCUCAUAAAAGCCAUAAAUUACCUUGUGGCCCUCAAUACUGAGGAUACUAAUGAUACGUCACUCUGCGGUGAUUUCUUCAAGAGCAUUGUUGGGGUAGAUGAAGAAUCCACCCAAGACUUCUGGCGCGCCCACUUCUCCAAUACUCAAGGUGCCCAUUUCCCUGAUACAAGAAGUGUGGCUUACAAGAGUAAGCCCAACCUUGAGAAAACAAUAUACCUACAAAAUUUAGAAUGGGCAGGCUGUAGCAAGUAUACAGCAACGACGCUCAUCAAGGCAGCGUGGUCGAUUGUUUCGGCUAGGAAUCUCCGUUCAGACGAAGCACUAUUCGGAGAAUCUGUAUCUGGCGGUGCUCCUGUUUUGCCAGUUCGUAUCCAAUUGGACUGGGAUACAACUAUCGAUCAGUUACUGGAAGUAAUUCAAGGCCAAGCCGAAAAGAUGGGUAUCUUUUCACGAACUCCGCUUGAACGAAUCCGAUCAAUAAAUAACGACACUCGUGUCGGCUGCUGUUUCCGAACAGUCAUACAUAUGAUUGAUCACCUUUGCAAGGACUCUACAGCCUACAAUCCCAGCCCCAUGAACGCAACUAUCAAAGAGGCAUGCGUUGAUGCUGCUGCUAUAACUGUCAAGUUUUUUAUAGAGCCCGACAGUAUGAAAAUUUGCCUUCGAUUCGAUUCGGGCAUCAUAGGGGAAGUAGAAGCCAUGCGUAUAGGCCAUCAGUUUGAACAUGUCCUUCGUCAGAUCCUCAAGCCCAGAAUUCGUGGACACAAGCUCCGUGAUGUGGUUGUCAUAAGCUCCCAGGACAUCAAAAAUAUAUGGGAAUGGAACCGCGCUGUUCCAGAGCCGGUUAUAGGAUGUGUGCAUCAAUUAAUCGUUGAACAAGCCCUCGAAACCCCGCUUGCCCCUGCCAUAAAUGCAUGGGAUGGCGAGUUGACAUACCAAGAAUUGAAUGACCUUUCGACAUACCUGGCUCACACACUGAUAGACAAGGGUGUUGGUCGAGGAUCAAUCGUGCCACUCCUUUUUGAGAAGUCAAUGUGGACACCAGUUGCCGCUCUUGCUGUGAUGAAGGCUGGUGGAGCCUUGGUUCUCACGGAUCCCACAUCACAACCUGAAGAGAGGCUUCGGACAAUUACCACGCUGGUUAAGGCGAAAAUAUGCCUAUCAUCUGCUGCCAAUGAAGCCUUAGCUCGUAGCCUGGGAAUUGAGCAUGUGCUCUUAGUAGGACCGGACCAUCUCCCAGGCCCAAUCCUUGCAACACCACAACAAUCGGAGGACUCUACGCUUCCAAAUGUUCACCCAACGGAUCUUUUGUAUAUUAUGUUCACCUCAGGGACAACUGGUACGCCGAAAGGGGUUAUGCUAAGCCACCAAAACCUUUGCAGUGCGAUCACCUACCAACGAGCGGCGCUGGGCUAUACUCAAACGUCUCGGGUUCUUGACUUUUCUUCCUAUGCUUUUGAUGUGGCUUGGUCUAACCUACUUAACACACUAACAGUUGCACAAGGUGCAUGUCUUUGUAUUGCAUCCACCUCCGAACGACAAAACGAUCUUUCUGGAUGUCUUGAAAAGUACAGGGUUACCCUUGCCGACCUAACACCCUCGAUCGCGCGCCACCUUUCAGGGCUUGAAAAGUUGUCUACCCUUGUACUGGGAGGUGAGGUAGUCCUGCCAACUGAUGUGGACCUGGCUGGCGAUAAAACCACAGUUAUAAAUGCUUAUGGCCCCGCGGAAUGCACUACUUCCUCAACCAUACUAGAUCUUACAGAGAGCCCAAAUGGUGGCCUUGGUCGGGGAGUUGGGCUAUGCACAUGGAUUGUCGAGCCAGAUGAUCCUGGGACCCUGGCGCCACUUCACUCGCCUGGUGAGCUCUGGCUGGAAGGCCCUUUGGUUGGUGAUGGGUACCUGGAUGAUCCUAUAAAGUCUGCUGCCGCCUUUAUAGAAGAUCCAGCAUGGCUGGUAAAAGGUGCCCCUGGGCAUCAUGGGCGACGCGGCCGAGUCUAUCGCACUGGAGACCUUGUCCGCUAUAAAGAGGACGGAUCGAUUGUCUAUCUAGGGCGCAAAGAUACACAGGUAAAAAUUCGUGGCCAGCGCGUGGAGCUAGGCGAGGUUGAACACUGGGUUAUGAACGCAAUCCAAGCCCCAAGGGAGUCUUCUGUCAACGUACAGGUUGUGGCUGAAACUAUCCAGCCGAUGGGAGCUGGCACUUCCAUCUUGGCUGCUUUUGUCUCCCUUGGUACCACAGACGAAACUCACGAUGCUGCGGUCAAAAAGGCAGUACAUGGGGUGAACGACCGCCUAGCUAUUAGCCUUCCCCCUUAUCUCAUACCCACAACUUAUAUCCCGCUGCAAACGAUUCCAAGGAUGCCUACAGGCAAGAUAGACCGCUCGCGGCUCCGCUCCAUUGGAGCUUCUUUGUCCUCCGAGGACCUCGCACAGCUAAGCCGGUCAGACAGCGAGAGGCUUCCACCACAGACAGAAGCAGAGAGGCUGAUCCAAGGGCUUUGGGCGGAGGUUCUCAAAGUGGACCCGGAUACCAUCAGCGCAGAUGAUAGCUUCUUCCGCAUUGGUGGUGACUCUAUAGGUGCUAUGCGACUUGUUGGGAUGGCACGCCAGAAGGAUUUUAGUCUCACUGUUAGAGAUAUCUUCCGAAGCCCUGUACUGCGCGACCUAGCAGCGCUUCAAAGUUGA